AUGAAUGUGUUAUCAAUUCCAAGUGAAUGUGUAAAUAAAAAUAAUUUUCGAGAUUAAACAUUUAUUUUUUCUGGUGAAAACGUAAUUAUUUUAAAAGAAAUAAUUUUACAAAAAUGGCCAACUCCGUUCGUAAUCUAUACGAUAUGGAUAGCACCACUUUUGAUGCAGAAAAAUAUUUGGAAAGGCUGUUAAAGGAUUGUACACUGAAACAAAUUAUGGAUACGGAAGCAGCCGUUGUAAAGGAUACACAAACUCUACACUCCGACAUGCAGACCUUAGUGUAUGAAAAUUAUAAUAAAUUUAUCUCGGCCACAGACACUAUAAGAAAAAUGAAAAAUGAUUUUAAACAAAUGGAAACUGAUAUGAAUUUGCUUAAGGAUAAAAUGGGAACCAUUACCACAUUUAGUGAACAAAUAACGGGAACUUUACAGGGAACCCGUUCGCAGUUGUGUAAACUUUCCGAAAAACACUCGUUACUUAAGCGUUUACAGUUUUUAUCGUCUCUACCGGCCAAACUGAAGUCAUUAAUAGAGGAACAAAAUUAUGUACAGGCUGUGCAGGACUAUAAACAUGCCCAGAAAGUUUUCGAACAAUAUGGUCAUCAGCCCUCAUUUGAGGGUAUACGUAAAGAUUGUGAUGUUAUAAUGCAAGAUUUAAAGCAACACUUAAGACAGGAAUUCCAAAGAGCAGGAAAGACGGCUCAAUCUCUUACCGAAAUAGGUGAAUUGCUACUGCAAUUGGAUGAAAAAGCUCCGGAUAUGGCAACAGAAAUGUUAAACUGUGCAUCAAAGCGUUUACACGAACAGAUUGUAAUGUUACAAGAUCAGACAGAACGUGACAUGAUCGAGUUUGUUGAUAUGGGUAUUGAGGGAUUUUUGAAUGAUCUUACUUUGGUGGUGACCUCUUAUUUUGAUAUGUUCGUUGCAAAACAUUACGAAAACGAAAGAGAUGACUUUCAAGAACAGGCUCUUAAAGAGUUAAAUGUUUUUUUGAAUCUAAAUAUUGAAAAAUAUUUAACUUUGGUACAAGAUCGUGUUGAAUCAGAUGUUGGAUUUGGUGAUACUCAAGUUAUGCUAAGAGCUUUAGAUCGUUUGCAUCGUCGUCUAUUAGCCAUGAGGAAUAUAUGUCGUGGCAUAGAGAUACAACGUAAUACCGUAGAUAUAAUUAUUUCGGCUGCUCAUCAGUUAUGUGAUGCUCACUCCAAAAACCUUAAGGAUCACUUUUCCGAUAGUCUUAGUUCUGUGCGUCUUUCUUUGGUCUCUGCUAAAAGUGACACUUCAUCUGGUGGUAGUUUAAACGAUUUGAUUACCAAUCUAUAUGUUUCGUUGGUGGAAAAGGUAAAAGGAGUUUUGCAGGAUUUAUUGGUAUUUUUACAAACCGAUUGGUCCUUUAAUAUUAAAUCCGAUUAUAAAGGUACUCUUUGUGUAGAGGGUAUACGAGAAAAUUUACUCAUUGGCUUUCUGAGACACAUUUCAAAAGUCAUGAGUUCAUUUGGUGAUUCUUCAACGUCGAGUCCUCCUAAUUUACUUUUAGUUUUAUCGAAAACUUGUCUAGAAAUGGAACAAAAUGGCGUUCAUAUUUUGAUUUCUUUGGCCGAUGAUUUGUAUGAAAUAGAUUCGGAAAACAGUGCUACACUGACACAUGAAACAGAAAUCUGCGCUGAAAUGCGCGAGACUGCCCAAAGUCUACUCGAUACCUUUGUCCGCCUACAAGGCUUAAAUAUAUCUCAAAUGUUACGCAAAAGUGUAGAGACUCGUGAUUGGCUUAAUUGCUUAGAACCACGCACUGUUAGGGCCGUUAUGAAACGAGUAGUCGAAGAAUUAUCAUCCAUUGAAAAUGUGGUAGCCAGCUUAUAUGAUUGCCCUUCAACAGUGCGUACAACCGCCAGUAGUGAUUCCAGUCGAAAGACACAUUUCAGUAAUCUAACCAAUUCUAAGCAGCAGUUUCGUUCAAAUUGGUCUAAUUAUACACCAUCACAACUGGAAUCGUCUUAUGUUUCUAAUAUUCAUCGUUUGUUUUCCGAAAGAAUUGAUAUUUUUACCUCGGUAGAGUUCUCGAAGGUAUCAAUAGUUACAGGAAUCAUUAAAAUUGGCUUAAAGACUUUAUUGGAAUGCGUACGUUUACGAACAUUUAGUAAAUUUGGUUUACAGCAAAUACAAGUCGACACUCAUUAUUUGCAAAUGAAUCUCUGGCGAUUUGUUAAGGAUGAAAAUUUAAUCAACUUUUUAUUGGAUGAAAUUUUGGGUUCAGCUGUGCAUCGUUGCUUGGAAUCGACUUUAAUGGAGCCAAAUGCCGUAGAAAUAAUAUGUGAACGCGGUUAGUAUUUUGUUUAAUUAUAUUCCAUUACAGUUGUUUGUAAAUCAUUCCAGAGGCAAUUUUUAUUGUGCAAUCAAAUAAUUCUUUAAUUUAUCUAUCUUUUUUAAACAUUUUUACGCUAGCUUAAGGACUAAAAUAUAUAUAUUUAAAAUAAAA